AUGAUAAAUAAUUUGUCACUGAGAUGUCAUAGACGAUGUCGAGAACUCGCUUCGAUGUGUUUUAAGAGUUCAACCCUCACGGAUCCACUACACAUUACCAUUAGAUUACAAACGACAACAACAAAUCAACCACCACAUGAUGGAAGAGAUAUUUCACUUUUCGUCAGCUGUUGGCUUCGUGUCUCCAAACCCGCGAUAAGGAAAUUCGAAUGA